AUGGAAUGUCGCAUCGAAAUCAAUGACAUCGUACCCGUCGAGCUUCUCGUUGCUAAUUACUCCCGGACAGCGAAAUUCUUCUGCGCAAAAUGCGAGUGUACCUUUCCGAUAGAUACUCUGGAGCGACACUUGACUGGAAUACAUCGAUGCUCAGGGAGAGUUGGCGAAGUUAAAGUACCCUGUCCUGUAGAAUCCUGUAAAUACCAUCACACGAAGUUCUUCCGCAAGUUGAAACACUUGCGAGCUCACUAUCAACAUUGUCACGCUCCAAGGGAAUUCGAUUGCCUGAAUUGUGGCGUCUUUUUCCGCGACGAGGUAGCGCUACGAAGUCAUCAACGAACUUGUGGCCGAUUGAGAUGCGAAACUUGUCCCAAAAACUUCAAGAACGCUCAAGGGGCCGAACGCCACAUCAAGAGAUAUGUUGGACACCAGCUGGCGCAGGAAUCGCUAGACAUCAUCAAGAAAAUCAAACGGAAACCAAAGAAAAAGAUCGAUAAGGUUCCAUCGCUUACAAUUAUUCGUUUCGUUCCUCUAAAAAACCGCCCACUCAUGCCAGAAGGAGAAAAAUCCACGAAUACCGCUCCUGUCAGACCUUGCGUCGAUGCUUCCGCUCAAACGGACGAUGCGAUUGUUCUGGACACCGCCUGUGUCGCUAUCAGCACUCAAACUUCAUUCUUGAAGACUAUCGAGCAAAACAAUCAAACAAGCAGUGAUCUUAUUCAACAUGUUGACUGGGGAGGUACAGCUCAACUAGAAACGAACACCUUUGGAUGCCAAACAUUUGACGAUACUUUCCUCACUGACACUGUUCUUACGCAAACCGAGCCUUUCUACGAGGAGGCAACUCAAUUCGGGCCUUCGUCGAGCUCGCUUCUUGAAUCCGCUGGAACACAAACCGAGAUGCCAUCCUGGUUCGAUGGACACACUCAAACUGACGCUGGCAGCUUUUCGCACAUCAACUUUAUGUAA